ACCAGAUCAGAUUCACAAGUUUGACAAGGUUUUAAAACACAUGUACAGAAGUUGCAAUUUUUAGUGAAGCUGAUCGCUGUAUAAAAUGGGGAAGAAGAACGCACAGAAUCUGGGGAAGUCAUUGAUUCGAAGUAAAAGAGCACCAGUUUUGACUGGAAGAAGCACGCGUCACACAACAGAGUUACAUGAUGAGCCUGGAAAGUCAGUCAUACAGUCCAUCACAGAACAGAGUGCGCUGAAUGAGUUCAUCACAACAGCUGAACUUGCAAACAGGGAAUUUACUGCAGAAAAAUUGAAUACAACCAUAGUUACCCCAAGUCAUGUACCUGGUAUUCUUAGUGAAAAGGAAUUAGAAGAAAUAAAGAACUUUCAAGACAUGAACAAAGAGCUGCUUAAUAUCCCAAGAAGACCUGAUUGGAAUUCAUCCAUGACAGCUGCUGAGCUUGAAGAUUCUGAAAAAGAAUCAUUUCUUCAAUGGAGAAGACAACUUGCCAUCCUUGACGAAAAGGAUGAAAAACUUGUUCUUACGCCAUAUGAAAAGAAUAUUGAUGUGUGGAGGCAAUUAUGGAGAGUCAUUGAAAGAAGUGACGUUUUGUGCCAGAUUGUGGAUGCAAGGAACCCAUUAAUGUUCAAAUGCAAUGAUCUGGAAAAGUAUGUGCAAGAGGUGGAUGCUGAAAAAGAUAAUAUAAUCAUCAUAAACAAAGCGGAUUUUCUUACAGAAAAGCAAAGGCAAUUUUGGGCAGAAUAUUUUGAUUCAAUAAACAUGACAGUGCUGUUCUGGUCAGCGCUAGCUGCAAGCCAGUCAGAAAAGGAAAGUGCUGAAGAAGUUGCGAACAGUAAAACACCAUAUGAAGAUAGAGAUUCUAGCGAAGAGGAUUUAAUGGACACAGAGAGCCACGUGGAAAGUGAGCAUGAAAUGAAGGAUGUAAAGAUUGUUGAGAAAGAAGGACACGAGAAUAGCGAUCUUAUUAGUCAAGCUGAGGUUGUUACUGGCAAUGAAGAUAUGGAUAUUGGUAAAGAGGAGCUCAAAGAAGAGGAUCAUUGUCAAUGUGAGGAAAAGAAGAAUUUGCCGGAAGAAGAGGGAAAUAAUGAUAGAAAGAAUGGCUUCUCAGUUUUAUCUAGGACUGAUCUUAUACAAUAUUUUGAAGACCUUAAAAUUACAAAAUGUCCAGGAAAAGAUAAAAUAACGAUUGGUAUGGUUGGCUUUCCGAAUGUAGGGAAAAGCUCAACGAUAAAUGCACUCCUUGGAACAAAAAAGACAUCAGUUUCAGCGACACCAGGCAAAACAAAGCAUUUUCAGACCAUCAACAUUAGCGAUGAAGUUUGUUUAUGUGACUGCCCAGGCCUUGUGUUUCCGACUUUCGUGUCAACAAAAGCAGAAAUGGUUCUUUAUGGUAUUUUGCCUGUCGACCAAAUGAGGGAUUACCGCCCGCCGUCCACCCUUCUCUGCAAACUGAUUCCGCGUAAAAUUUUGGAGAAUCUUUACGGGGUCAAUAUUUCACGACCUGGAGAAGGUGAAGAUCCUGACAGAGCUCCGACUGGUGACGAGUUUCUUUCUGCCUAUUCGAGCAUGCGUGGCUUCAUGACGGCACAUGGUAUGCCGGAUUGUGCACGGGGCUCCAGGCACGUCAUCAAAGACUUUCUAAAUGGUAAACUUCUCUACCGCGAGCCGUCACCAAAUGCAUCUAUAGAAGAGUUUGAGCCAGUUUCAAAAGAAUUACCAAAAUUACGGGUGCUCAAAGUCGGAGAAAAUUCAGCCCAGAGUCAGAGAAAGAGGACAACUGGUAUUGACAAGGACUUCUUUUCACAGCGGGAAAGCUCGAUACAUUACAAUGCACCAUCAGGAGUUCGACAACUGCCAGAUGGAAGUACUACAGCAGAAGCAAAACCUUGGAAGAAACAUUUUAAUAGAAACAAAAGGGAGAAGUUGCGACGUAUUAAGAACGAUUAAUUCUGAAUAGGUUUUUCUUUGUCGUGUCAUCAAUGUUGGAUUUCUGCAUUUUUGUCUUAUUCAUAACAUUUCUAGUCAA